UGAAGAAACGUGUACCAAUCUGUCAAAAGUGGAAAUUUAAUGAUUUUCCCGAUUCAAAAAAUACAAAGAAACUCAAUAUUUCUUUGAAGAAAGGUGCUUUGUUUUAAUUAAAUUAGUCUAAUUAGUUGUAAUGUAGUCACCAUUACGUGUACGGGAGUGAAACAACAGUGCUUGCAUUAUUAUUGAUCCAUUUUCGGAAAUCAGGCCAAGCUGGAAUAAAAUUGUUGUUUUGUGAAGUUUUUCUUGUGUCAAGCCUUAUCAACCAUGGCAAGUGAGAGCAGUUCAGCUGUGCUGGACCUGAACGAUGGGGACAUCACAGAAGACACGGAGCCACCGAGUGUGACGGAAGACACCAACGAUGGCAACGAAGGCAUACCGCUGAUUAUGGAGCAUGGAUAUGAUAUUGCUGUUAAGGUUGACGCGCCUCUAAAACAGUUAUCGACGCUAGAAACGUUCGUGACGUACCGCGUGCGAUGCGUCUGCGCUCGCUGGCCCGCGCCGCCCGCUGUGCGCCGCCGCUACAACCACUUCCGGAUCCUCCACAGCCGGUUGUCAGCGGCGCACCCUCUGAUCGCAGCGCCGCCGCUUCCACCGCGGCACUCCGCGCGUCAACAGCUCGACCGCUACGAGCCCGGCUUCGUGAGGCUACGGGCGAUGGCACUGCACGCGUUCCUGUCACGCGUGGCCAAACACCCAAUCCUAACUCACUCGCCGGAGCUCCGAACAUUCCUCUGUACGCCCGACGAGGAGCUAGACAAGGUGUUUAGAGGCGAAAGCAGCGCCCUCAACCUUUGGGGGGGACUUAGUGCCAAGAAUGAUAGCAAAAAUACCAAUGGAGCUAGGGUAAAAGACCCAGAAUUCAGCUCGGCGGCGGACUACUUAACGUCUCUGCAGCAGAAGCUGACGACUCUCUGCGCGCUCACCGUCAAACUGCACAAAGGAUCGGCGGCCGUGGGGAAUGAGCUCAUGGGGUGA